AUGCUUCGCGCAAAUGAUGAUGACGACGACGACGACGACGAUGAUGAUGUUGAUGAUGAUGAUGAUGAUGAUGAUGAUGAUGAUGAUGAUGAUGAUGAUGAUGAUGAUGAUGAUGAUGAUGAUGAUGAUGAUGAUGAUGAUGAUGAUGAUGAUGAUGAUGAUGAUGAUGAUGAUGAUGAUGAUGAUGAUGAUGAUGAUGAUGAUGAUGAUGCAAGCCAUGCACAGUUUUCAAGCUUAUGCGCACCGUGAAUCUCCGUUGGCACUUCCGCAAACUCUUUAGGCCGUGGUAAAAUCAAGAGCCAAAAUGGCUAUAUGAGAGCAGGUUCUAAUUUAAUUGAGAAAUGUGAUAGACGAGGAGACAGUCACUGGGCCUGUGGGUACAAUUUUUGAUUUAAUUUAAUAUAAUUUCUUAAAUGACAGUUUACAGGCAUUGUCAAGGGAAGCGAUUAAACACAAAUCCGACCAGCAGUGAAAAAAAAACUCCUGAAGAAUAAAAAUAUAGUUGAUGAUGUUUUUUAUGGUUUGAAGGGUUCAGGAGAAAAAAACUGCUGGCGGCAUACAUUCGACCGUCAAGAAGGGGGGGGGAGGGGUUUGCACGGUAUCGGAGAUCAUCGGCCGUCAAUUCCUUUCAUAAAGUUGGGGAUGGUCAAAGUAGAGGCGUUGAGGAAUAGCUGGUGAGACCGGCCAUAGUGUUCAGAGACCACAAACGCCAUCGCUACGGUAGAGUUAAUCUGUGGAUUCAGAACCCAAAAUUUGAGGAAGCUUUUCUGAUGAAUGCCUUAAUUCUAUAUGGAAUGCAAGGCAGCCCGAAAAUAAACUAUGUGCCGUGCAUCCUUCAAGAUUGUGAAGAUGCUAAUGUGCACAAAGCUAUCCUUCUAGGAAACAAAGAUGCAUCGCAUGGGCUGUCAUUCCCAAGGCUCCUUAAAAUAAUUCGUAAAAAGGUAAUCUAGGCUUCAUAUCUCCUAUAAGGGGGAACGGUACUCCGUAAUUGGCAUAUGGAGGUGUUUUUUCAGCUGAAUUACUAACCGAUAGAAAGACACAACACAAGGGAGCUUUGGGUAGGACUGAAGGGAAGGCAGAAGAAGAGGGGAAAUGGUUGAAAAUGAAGGAAAGUAAGGUAGUACAAGUCGAACGAUCGCUCCAGUGGCCAAGGCCUUUUGAAAUUAGGACUGGUCCCCACCAAGAAGGCGGACACUAUAAGUGAUGUACUUUACUUACAGAGCCUGUUUAAUAAAAUGGGUGAACUCAGGGCAUCGGUAGGCGAGCACGCACCAGCUUUCAUCGUCUUGACCAAACAAUGUCUUUCUGCAGCUCUUGGAGUGCAUGAGAUACCCCUCAGCGGCUAUCAACGGUCUAGAAAAGACAGGCAAAACCAAGGAAGAGAAUUCUACGUCUAUUUUAGCUUCAAUUUAACCACAAUCUCUGAGUAGCGUUCUACAACACUGAAAGGCGAAUUUUUGCCCUUAACCGUCUCCACCAAAUACGUCCGACCACUGGCAAUCGCAAUUGCAAUCGUCCCCCAAAACAAGGCUGUCGAACGCCAUGGCCUUCUCUUAACGGAACUGAACAAGACCUGCAUGAACGAGAACGUCCUUCUUUCGGGAAACACCAAUGAUCCCAAUAUCUACUGGCAAGCUUGGGCUGUUUUGGAUCCACUGGAUACAUUCUGUCAUUAUUUGCCAGAAAUGGCAGCGGAAAACUGCUUUUCUAGAAUGUAACUCCUGGAACACCUCUUAGGGUAGGGCAUCGUUCGAAUUGCCUUGACCUGGUGCUCACCCGAAAUGAGAAAUGUGUUGGACGAACAAGACCUCCCAUCAGUGGGUGCUAGUGUUCACAUUUGAAUGUUCUUCGGAUAAUCCUUGUUCUCCCAGCCCGAAUCACCUAAAAAUUGAAAAUAAAUAUCUAGAAGGGAGACUUUUCCAGCAUGUGAACGUAAGUCCCAGCAAUAUCAUCAACAACCACAUAAGAGGGAGUACGUUCAGUUCGCUGGCUAAAAAAUCAUUGAUAUAAAUUGUCCACUCAGACUGAAAAAACCAGCGGUCAUCUGUCGCAGACAAACCAGAAACUUCAAAUUGAGUUUAAAAGAAUGAACAAGAUGGGGAGGCGUUUUCGACAAAGGUGGAGUUUCGGACACUUAUAGGAAAACAGGCGAUAGUGGAAUGUGAACAAACGUGAGGCCAAUACACUUUGGCAGAAUUAUGAGCUAUGUAUAUGGCAGAACUAUUUGGAGCACCCAAAUGUCCUAUACGGUUACAUGCGUAAGGGCAAAUCAAAUCGUGACUCGACACCAGCAUUUCGGUCUCUAAGUUAAGUACUGGCGACAGAUGACCAAACGGGAAUAUCAGUCAUCUCUAGCUUCUUUCGGUCGGUAUUCACUCAUGAGACGAAAUCGCCCAUUUCGCAUACUUAAAACGACAACAAAAUUAUGCAUCGUUUGUAUAAGUAGAUAAUAUUUACUUCUCGCCCACAUUGAUAGGGACAGAAAUACCCAGGUUAGAGUCUGUCAAAUCAUUUGGUCCAGGUAGAUUCCAUCCAAUGGCUCUUUGAGAAUUGGCCGAGCUACUGUGCGAUCCGGUACCCAUGAUAUUCUACAAGUCUAUGGGAGGAGGCGAAAGGCCGGAGAAAUUGAAACCUGGCUUAAUGUCCCAAAUCUACAAAAUAGAGUCCAGUUUGGAGUCCGAAAAUUACCCGUAAAAUUAGUCGGACCCUUAUUUGCUGCAAGGCCAUCAUAUGAAUUAUUAAGGGGCAUUUAUUAACGCAUCUGGAGCAGAGGGACAUAACAUGUGCUGCCAUCACGGAUUCCGUCAUGGACACUCAUGUCUCACGAGUAAUCUCUGCUCUUAGGAAAAAUGAACAAAAGACAGACCAGAGCCGUCCAGUGGAAGCCAUUUUCUUAGACUUCAAAAAGACGUUUAAUAGUGUGACUCAUCGUCGACUCCUACAAAAGAUUUGGCGGUAUGGAAUCCAGGGCAACACUUUAAGUACAUUAUAGGUUUCUUAUCGUGCUAGCCACAAAGAGCAGAAGCUGGCACUAGUCGAGGGCGGUGCUCACAGGGUUCGGUCCUGGGUCCUCCUCUCUUUAUCGUCUAUAUAAAUGAUUGUACUGAAGAUUUUGACUGAUUUUUGACAUCAUGUUUGUGGGUGAUAUUACAGCCUAGAAAACAAUAAGCUGUGCUGACUACGCGCAGAAACUGCAAGGAAACACUAGUUAGCUGUUGGCGUGUUGAGCGCAAAAAUGGCCCACACUAGACCAUAGGAAAAUUGGAUUUUUGGAUGACUGAGCAGCUACAUGGUGGUUGUCCGGUGCAGUAUGAUUUUAGAAAUCUCCAGGCUAUGAAAGAGACAAAAGAAAAGUCGAUUAACGACAAAAACCUGGUGUUUGUUUCCACGCACCUUCUUCUCUCAGAUUUUUUGAAGAAAUUUCGAAUAAGUAAAUUCACUUUGGGGGCCUCUGCGUUCGUGUUUAAGCGUCCGUAGAACCUCGUAAACUUGCAAGGUUGGGGAGACUUGUAAAGGUCAACCAAAAUGCUACAUGGUUAUGCGCCAUAGUGGUCUCCACUUAGCGGAGAACAGACUGCCAUAAUAACUACUCGCCUGUCUACUGCCAAGAACACCUAUUUCAGACAGAAUGAAGAGUGAAUCGAGCGGACAUGUGUGGAAACACUCAAGGCUCUGCUUGCGUAGUUCCUUUCCGAUAGAUGUUAAGCGACUUUACUAUCACUUGUGUACAAAGUACAUCAAGAAAUACGCGGAAUAUUUAAAUCCCUAAAAAUUAUAACUUCCUGUUUAGUUUAUUAAUUCCAAAUCGUCAGGGGAUUGCUCGCCCGAAUAAGUACACUUAUAUUCAAGCGAAAUGUGACGCAUGGCUAUCUAGAUAAGGAAAUCAUUAAAAUGCGUGCACUGGGAAAUGUCUUUUGAAGCUGGUGAGGUUGUGUCUACUCAGAAUAGUCAGUUAAAGUCAAUUUAUCAAGGGAAUGAGAGUUUAUCCCUUGAGCUUCCUAUUCAUAUCCAAAACGGCAAAAGAAUCAAUCGUAACAACAGUAAUUCUGAAAACUCAAAGGUCAUCGGUUUGUGCGAGCCAGCCGCAAACUGCCGUCAUUGACACAAUCGUGGUUAUAUGUACAGUAGUUUCUCAGCAACUGACCAGCUAGUCUUCAUUUAAAGGAUUCAACAGCUUCGGAUAGAACCAGCGCGUCAGGGAGUGCAUUCCAUCCCCCAAAGACCCCCUGUGAGAAGGUGUUCCGUCGGACGCCUGUAUGGACCAGCUUCCUCUGCAGUUUAGAGGGAUGACCACGCAGGUGGUCCGUAGCAGCCAAUUAGAAGUCGUCAAAGUCUAGGGCACACUCACGGUCCCUGACAAUCCGGUAGGUUUGAAUGAGCUCGCCACGCAGUCGCCUAUAAUUGAGAGGGAACAAAUUUAGUUCAGCCGGUCUGGUUUCUGAAGGCAGAUGAUCAAGAUUCUUGACCAUCUUCGUAACCAUCGCCUGCACUCUUUUCAGCUGUCUACAAUCUCCCUUAGAUCACGGACGCCAGGCUUGGACGGCAUACUCUAAGUGAGACCGAAAGAAUGCUCCGUAGGUUUUUCCGAACAGCCCGUUACCGAUCUGCACAAAUCUUUGCCUCUGCGCAAAUAACACUUUAUCGCACGCUUGACUGCCCUUUAACAAUGUGGCGAUAGUUUGGGGGAGGAGGUCCUUAGGACGCUGAGAUCUUUCUGUUCCAUAACACUUGGAAGGGGCUGCCAAUCAAUGAGAUAUCGGAAGGAAUCAUCCUCUUCACUGGUCCUUCUAGUGCGGAGUCUCAGGACCACACACUUGUCCACGUUAAAAUUUAGGAGUCCACGAGCUGGCAAACUGUUCAGCCGGUUGAGGUCCUCUUGGAGCGCGCGCCUAUCUACGUCAGAUCUGAUGGCUCUCCACAGCUUAGCAUCGUCAGAAAACAUGACGGCGUUGCAUCCUAGGUCAUCAGCGCAGUCGUUAAUGUAAACUAGUAAUAGUAAUGACCCUAAGACUGAGCCCUGGGGACACCACUUAGAAUUGAGUUAGGGGUUACUUUGAGGCAUCAACGCACAUGGUUUUUGGUCUUCCUGUGAGAAAAUCUGCGAUCCAUGUCAGCAGCUUUCCUCUUAUUCCAAUUUUAGACAGUUUGUAGAUCGGGCGUUUACGUGAAACGCUGCCACACUCCUUUUUGAAGUCCGUGUAGAUGACUACCAUCCUCACUACCAUCCUCAGCCAGUGCGCGAGUCCACUGCUCGGUCGAGGACAAUAACCUGGAAAGGCUUGAGAGGUUCUGUCUGAAGCCAUGCUGGAGCCUUGAGAGUAAGAGGUUCUCCCCCAGGAACUUCGUUGUUGCUUUCUUAAAUAUAGUUUUCAUUAGUUAACGGCAGGUGAGGCCGAUGGGCCGAUAAUUGUAAGCACUAAUCUGAACCCCACCCUUGUAUAUCGGAUAGGUAUUUGCUGCCUUUCACUCAGAUAGCAGCCUUCUCGAUUCAGAUGAUGUACGGAAGAAAUGCGCAAGGUGUCUGGAGGGUUCGUACGCCAAUCCGCUCAAGAACGUGACCGGUAUAUUGUCCGGACCCGACGACGUUGAUUCUUUGGGAUUCUGUAACUCUCAUUCCACGACAGAUGUCGGGAAGAGUAUGAAUCAAAGUAAGGAACCGACAGUCAAAUGGAAUAGUCAUAAAUAAUUACUUCCGGGUUUCAUAGUUCUGUAUCUUCUCGGUCUUUUGGUAUACCUGCCACAUGUGAGUUGUCACCUCAAACUAUUUCCAUGACUUCACUAAGCAUACGAGCUCUCCUUUCUGUUACUCUUCCACGUUCUCAAACGCGUCGUUUGGGCUAUAAACGCUAGGAGAUCUUGUCAAAAAAAUAAAUCAUUUGUCUGGAAAACUUCCCGUCUCGAGUAAUUUGCUCGACCUAAAUUUUUGUUAUUUCGCAUCAUUAUAAUUUGAUUCGCGUUGUACGACUUUUUGUAAUCCCGGAAAUGUGUGCUAAAAUUCGGCUGCUAUAUCGGCUCUCUUUCCUCAUCGCCAUUCUGUUAACCAUAUUAGCAAAUAUUUUCAAUACAAUCGGAUUCAUUUCUCCAUUUUGGAUUGUGGCAAGACAGGGUACUAACAGUGGCUUUCAGAGGCUUGGAUUAUGGGAAGCCUGUUUCAAUAAUUUCAUAUUCGCGGAAGACUAUAUCUCAAAAGCUUACAGCGGCUGCUGGUAUAUCUAUCGUGAUGAGUUUAAAUACAUAAGAUUCUGGCUUGUCCCAAGUAUGGUUUUUUGAAGGUUUUGACGUUUAGGGUGGUUUCUUACUGUUCAACUUCUUUCAAUUCUCAAUAUAACGUGCAGCCUUGGUGGACUAGUGCUUAUACUCCAGAAUGCAGCUGGGGUGGAAACUUUAUUUUGCAAGCUGUCAAAUGAGCCGAUUAUUAUCCUUCAGUCAAUUGUGGGUGAGGCUGCCUAUUUGUUGUAUUUACCUCUCACGAAUCCAUCGUCGUUGCAACGACGAUUUUCGCACGCACGAAAAUAGACCACCUAAAUCCCUUAAACACGUAAUUUUUUAUUUGUUAUCGGUCAUUUUUUUAUUUUGCAAUUAAAAUGGCCGUUACAAACAGCAUCGGAGUACGCUAGAUAUGCGUACACACUUAACCGCUAUACCUUGAUGACAUUGCGGCGCAUAGAGCUAGACAUCUGCUAGCCGCUUUGGUUUGCGGACUAUUGUAGGGCCAGCAAUCCCAUUGGCUAAUGGUGCAUAGCCUUCGCGAGACAAUGAUCCUUGAUGCCACACCCCCUCCCCGACGCUUACUCCAUGCACUUUGCGCGUUAGGUCUGACGCCCACCUCUAAGAUCCUUCAAUGUCUCACGGCUCUGCCCUCCAGCCGGAGUGAGCAAGCAUAAUUGACUUUGAAUGGGGAUCCCUCGCCUUAUGACGAAAGUGGCUUAACAAAGCACUCAACUUCAUCCACGCACAACGCACUCGAUGUAUGCCUGCGAACGCAAACUCCACGGGACGAGAUAUGGGGUGAAACCGAUGCACAUGUGCUGGGGGCUUAGCCGCCGACCAGGCUCUACGCGCGCAAUCGAUGCUUAUGUGUGUGUUUAAAAUGCCCUCGAUGCUAGGGAACUGACCGAGAGUUUCAUGAACUUGUUAGCCUACAUUUCCUGCAGUCAGUCACGCAAAAGAACUGUUGCCCGGACAGUAUCUGCCAGUCGCAAGACAAGCCUGGAAUGCUAUCAGGGUAUCAUCGAUUCUACAGAACCAACGCGAAAGAAAUUAGACACCCACGACCAGGCUAGCUCUGGACGCCUGGAAUGCUACUAGUUAUUAUGAAGACUGCCUGUUGUCUCCAGUUAUAUGUUCAUUAAAUGGACCAGAAUUUUAAGUGACUCUACUAGGAUUUUGGAAAACGAAUGGCAUUUUUACUGAGUACCUCAGUCGAGAUUACGGCCUUCUUUUUUAAAACAUAUUUGUUAGAAUUCUUAGCCUUCAAAGUGAAGCCAAGCAAAUGAAUCUUAUUUGCUUCCGGAAACUGAAUGGGAAUCUAGAACUUCGCGAACGCUUCUGCCCUAUUUUGUUACCUGGUACAAGCUGAUCCUACUCCCGCCUGCGUCAAAGUCUCGUAUUUUAACUUAAGUUUCAUGUUUCCUUCGGACGAAGUAGAUACACUGACUAAGUUUUGGGCUCUCAUUCUUCAAUUCGUAUAAUCAUGAGCCAGUUUCUCGGAUCAGUCGACCAUCCAUUACAGUACAAGAAUUCAGCAAAUACCUACUGGCUCAAAAAAUCCCACAAAAGUUGAUUGAAUGUCUUGAUUUUAGUCGAACAGUAGGGAUCAACCUCAUAGACGCAAUCGCCAUGGCAUCAGGGAUCCCAGCCUUGUAUAAACCACAUAUUUCAGACUGUCUUUAGGUUAUAAUGGUGUAGCCACUAGAAAACUACUGAAACUCUGUUGUAGAAAGAUUAAAUAAUAUACUCACUUUGAAAUAACCCCUCCCCCUAAUCUGCCCAUACGCAGUCGAGAGAAGCAGUGAGCUGACAAUUUCGGAGAUAUUUUGUAAAGUUUUGAAAUCCUCCUCUCUGACACGUAAGCACGUAUAUAAUUGCCUGAUGUUUUCCGGCGUUGAAUGGGUAAGGGCGCAGUCGACACGUCUCCGACUGCAGUGGGGCAUUUUACAUGGGAGAAGCAUCGAAAAAGUAUAUGGCAACGAUAAAGCUCUCAGUAAGCAGCAGAUGUAGCAAUUUGACAGAAUAUCUGGCAUAAAAUAAUUUCAUUACAUAUAAGAUACAUUAUUAUCUCGGCUGACUAGCCGGUUGGGGCGAUUUGAUUUAGUCUGUCAAACGGGGGCUAAUUCAGAUAGUUGUUAUUACUUUCGCCUUCGGUUAAAGUGUGAACGAGAGCCAAGGUAGGAAAGGCCUGCUUGAGACCUCGGCUUUCUCCAGUAUUUUUCCCUACUUGUAUGAGAAAGAGCAGGACGAAGGAGUGUGCUUAAAUCCUCGUUAUUUUUAUUCCUGUUAAGUUGGCUCUUUGACCGUUAUCACCACGUACGUGGGGAUCAUGUCCAAGGACCGCGAAUGGAUGCCCUACUCUGAUAGAAACACUGUCUCCUGGGGCUUCGCCUUCGCUGCCACCGCGGGCGUCCUGACCCUUCUGAGUAUAUUUUGCCUCAUUGUGGAUCAACUUGCAGACUACAGCGAACGCAUCUACCAAAAACUACUGGCUGAGCGAGGCCUCAUUCCACUCGCUGGCGAACCCAGCGGCGCCGUCUCGGGGGCCUACGGUUUGGGGCCAGGGUCUGGCUUCGAGAUAGGUCCAGGUUCGGGGCCGGGACUGGAGUCCCACACCGGCGUUCCCUCUCUCUUUCUCACCGGUUCGGUGCCUUCAGCUGGCCAAUUUGGGGCACCACCGGGACGUCUAUCUUCCCUUCUUGGUGGGCCAUCUAGAGGGAUGCCAGGUGCAAGCGCCCUGGGUACCAGAAGUUCUGCCUUCCAUGGGGAAUCUGGAGUCUCCAUACCCAUUUUGGGUCAGAAGACGGAGUUUCCCGGCACAUCGGGAGCAGUGGCCUCAGCGAAGUUACGAGAACAGUUACAAACGCAGAGGCCUCCAACAAGCGGAUAUGGGGAGUCCGGUAUGGUGGCUGCAGCUGUCAGUGGCGAUGUUGGCGGAUCUGUGGGUUCUCUCAGCCUGAGACAAGCUCCUUUGACUUCCACUGGACUUACUGCAGCCGACAACGCUGUGACAUACACCGCAGGGGGCAGGCGUGCUCCGAUUACUCAUGACUCGGCUGUUUGA